UAUUGAUGUUUCGGAUCUUGCCACAUUUAUGGGUCAUGCUGAUAAAAUACAUAGAGAACAUUACAGGCAACCAAUAGCAAGCAGAGAUAUACUUAAAAUUUCUCAAUAUUUAGAAGCAGUAUUACAAAAAGAUGGACAGGAUUCGAGUAACGAAUCGGCAUCGAACAGCGAUUCUGAAAAGGAAAAUAACGUAAGAGAAGAGAUCAAUAAUAAUAAUCCUGAUGAAACAGAUAUAUCAUUGUGUAACACAUCAAAAUAUUCCAUGAAUUGUUACAAGGAAACGGAUAAACAAAGUGGAAAACGGAAACGUAGUACAUCUCCUUAUGGAAAAACAAAAAGGGUGCGAUGGACAGAAGACGAGAAAGAAGCAGCGCUUCAUGCAUUUGCAGGACACAUGGAAAAUCAUACAUUGCCGUCUCUAAGAGAGAUUCAAGAAGUAAAGAAAAAAUAUAUUUCUCUUGCUCGUCGUACAUCGCCGCAAAUCAAAACGUGGCUGCAUAAUAAACAAAAAACCUUGCAAUAAUAGUUUUCAUUGCCCCAUUCUAAGAAGGCUCUGUGAAAGUAUUCAACUCAAGAUUAACAUUGGAUACAUCUGGGUCAUCGGAUACAUUGGAUAUGUCCAAUAGUGAACCUGGACAUUGCUAUGCCUAGCGAAUCUUUUAUAUCUCUUAUAUUAUGUUGUAUUAAUUAGUUUAUUAAUUGUUUUUUAUCACUUAUAAUACCGCUGAAAGUUUAAAGAUUUAAGUUUAAGUUUAAGGUUGUUGCGAAUUUAAUCGAAGUUAAUAUGAUUGAGGCAACCAAUAGCAAGCAGAGAUAUAUUCAAAAUCUCUCAGUAUUUAGAAGCUGUAUUACAAGAAAAUGCACAGGAUACGAGUAAUGAAUCAGCAUCGGACAGCAACUCUGAAAAGGAAAAUAAAUGGAAUUUAUAAUAUUAAUAUUUACAUUAUUUACCUUAGAAUAUUUUAUGUCGCAUUGAUGCUUGUGUAAUUAAUACAAAAGUACUUUUAUCGUAUUAUUCAUAGAAGUUAUGAUACAUAAUGUAAAUGUAUCAUUAAUAUGUAACGUCAAUUAUUAUAUUACGUCGAAAGAUUCCAUACAUUGUUACAAGUAAACCGAUAAAUAAAAUAAUGUAAUUAUCACAUUUUUAUAUUUAUUUUUUUUAUCAGAGUUGUUUUUGUUACGAGGACAUAGCAAUAAUGAUUUCAGAUUAUUAUCAUAUACAAUUUUAUAAUACACUAUAUUAGUAUGUUACUUACAU